AUGCAGGUAGAUCAAGAACCCAAAAAUAAGAAACUAAAGACUUUGGUAUCAACACCUACACCCAAUAAAGAACAAUCCAAUCCCAAUUCCAUAUCUCCACGUAAAGGUAAGGAUACGACUGGGAAUAAUGAUUCUAAAACUAAUGACAAUGUAUUUAUUAUUACGUCUCCCAUAGAUCAUACCACUAUGCAAACACCUCAAAUGGCCAAAGUGCUUGAUACUGAAGCUGCAUCUGCUACACAGCCAAGGAAGUUGGUGUUGGGGUCUCCAGAACAUCGAUUUGCUUUUUCCCAACCUGUUAAAAUGCCAAGUACCGAGGUAAAAUUGCCAAGUGGACAAGUUCCUAACCUAAGAGAAGAUUCCCUCCCACCUUUAACACAAACAGAUGGUUUGGAAGAAAGAGGCAGGCGUAGUACAAUGAAAGUAUACACUCAAUCACCACCAAAAUCCCCAAAUAGGUCUCCAACAAGAACUUUAGAAUUGAUUAAAUUGUCACCAACAAAGAAGUCAAGAUUAGAGUUGCAAAGACUAUAUGAUGCUCAAAGAGCAAAAACAUCCAAAAAAGAAAGAUUAUUCAUCCAUCAAUUGGUCUUAAAUAAUUUUAAAUCUUAUGCUGGGAGUCAAGUGGUUGGUCCUUUUGAUCCUUCUUUCUCUGCUGUGGUAGGCCCUAAUGGUUCUGGGAAAUCAAAUGUUAUUGAUUCAAUGUUAUUUGUCUUUGGAUUUAGAGCUAACAAAAUGAGACAAGAUAGGUUGUCUGAUUUAAUUCACAAGUCUGAACAAUUUCCAAAUCUUAAUUCGUGUUCUGUGGAAGUUUAUUUCCGUUAUGCCGUAGAUAAGGAAGGUAAAAAUACUGAAAUCGUACCUGAUAAAGAAUUGAUAGUUGAAAGAAAAGCAUUCAAGAAUAAUUCUUCAAAAUAUUUCAUUGAUAGAAGAGAGAGUAAUUAUACAGAAGUUACAAAAAGGUUGAGAGAAGAAGGGAUAGAUUUAGAUCAUAAAAGAUUCUUGAUCUUACAGGGGGAAGUUGAAAAUAUUGCCCAGAUGAAACCUAAAGCAGAGAAGGAGAGUGAUGAUGGGUUAUUAGAAUAUCUAGAAGAUAUAAUUGGUACUGCAAAAUACAAACCUUUAAUUGAAGAAAAUACAAUUAAAAUUGAACAACUGAACGAUGUUUGUAUUGAAAAAAAAAAUAGGUUUGAUUUUGUUGCCAAAGAAAAAGAAUCAUUGGAAUCAGAUAAAGAUAAAGCUCUUGAAUUCAUAGAGAAGGAAAAACAAUUGGUUAUUGAAAAGGCCACAAUGACUCAAUAUGAAUUAUAUCAAAAUGAUCAAAAAAUUCAUUCAACCUUAACGAAACUUAAUGAAUUUAAUCAUGAUAUAAAUAAAAGAAAAUUAGAAAAUAAUGCCUUAUUGGAUUCUAAAACAACUAUUGCAAAUGAACUCGAAGCAUUAAAACAUAAAUUAGAUGACUUAAAAAAUGAAAUUAAAAAGUUGACUAAUCAAAAUAGAGAAUUUAACACAAUAAAAGUAUCAAAUGAAGAAAUUUUGAAAAAUAUAACUAAGAAAAAAGAGAUGAUAAAAAAUGCUAUUGAAAAAUCACAGUUCAGUGUUCAAGAGACUGAAAAUAAAUUGGCAGAUUUAGAGCAUUUACAAAAUGAAUAUGAUAAGGAAUUAGUUCAGUUACAAAAUACUAUAAUCAGCGAAAAAGCUAUUUUAAAUGACAUUAAAUUAUCUUUGAAAGAUAAAACUGAAAGUAUUAGCAAAAAGAUAAAUAAAUUAGAGAAAGAUCUGGAACCAUGGAAUGCUGAAAUUCAGAAAAAGAAAUCAGACAUUAAAUUAACUGAAAUGGAUAUUACUCUUAUUAACGAAAGUAAAACAAAAUUUGAAAAUCAUAUAAAUUCAAUAAAAGAAUCAAUUGAGAAAUUAAAAGUAUCGUUGAGUGAAAAAGAUAAUACAAUAAUUAUGUUAGAUAAGCAACAUAAAAAGAUCUUACAGGAUAUAAAAAUUGGCAAGGAGGAAUGUUUAAAUGCUAAAAAAAAAUUGUAUGAAAUGGGUAAAAUAAUUAAUACACAACGUCAACAAGCCCAAGAAACAAGAUCAACUUUAUUAAAUGUGGAAAAUAGGAAUAAAAUAUUAAUUGAAUUGACAAAAUUACAACAAUCCGGAAAAAUAUCAGGAUUUCAUGGCCGGUUAGGAGAUUUAGGUGUCAUAGAUGAUAAAUAUGAUACCGCUGUAUCUACUGCAUGUCCUCGUCUUAAUGAUCUAGUGGUUGAAACAGUCGAAUGUGGUCAAUACUGUUUGGAUUUUAUUAAAAAAAACAAAUUAGGAUUUACUCGUUUUAUCCUUUUAGAUAAAAUUAACCAUAAUAUCAAAAAAAUUUCCACUCCUGAAAAUACUCCAAGAUUGUUUGAUUUAAUAACACCAAAGGAAUCUAAAUUUGCUGCUGCAUUUUUCAAUGUGAUGGGAAAUACUCUCGUUGCUAAUGACUUAAAGCAAGCUAAUAGGGUUGCAUACGGUAAAAAACGUUUCAGAGUAGUAACUUUGGAUGGUAAAUUGAUAGAUAUUUCAGGUGCUAUAACUGGUGGAGGUAAUGUUGUUGCAUCAAGUUUGUUGCAAUUGAAAUCAAAAAAAUCAAACCAUGAACCAAUUUUUACAGAAUUUGAAGUUUCAAAAAUGGAAGAAAGCUUGAAGGAAAAGGAAAAAAGUUAUGAUAUUGCCAAAGAAACGUUCCAAGAAAUGGAAUUAGAAUUAAGUAAAUUAGAAGAGAAGGAGCCACAAUUGGAGAUAGAUAUUGCCAAAUUAAAAAUAGAUGUUGAGUCUAUUAGAUCUGAUAUUGAUUCAAAGGAAACGGAAUUACAAAAAAAAUUGAAGGAGAAGGAUAGUAUGCAAAACGAUAAAGGACAGCUAGAUAAGUUACAUGCAAAGGUAAAGAGUUUAAAUGAUGAAAUUGAGAAUAUUAUGGAACGAUGCAAGAGCACUAAUGAAAAAGUUAGUGAGUUAAAAAAUGAAAUAAUGAAAAUCGGUGGUUCUAAAUUACAAAUGCAAAAUUCAAAGGUGGACUCGAUUUUAGAACGUAUCAAUAUAUUAGAAGAAAAAAAAAAAAAGGAAAGAAGUAAUCUAAAAAAAUUGGCAUCUGUACUGAAAAGACAUAAGAGAACGUAUGAGACAUCGAUUGUCGAGUUGGAAAAAUAUGAAAAAGAUUCCAAAGAGGCGCAUAUUUUAAUAGAUAAUGCAACAGGUAAAUUACAAGAAAUAGAUGAUUCACUUAAUGCUCUGAAGUCUCAAAAGGAUGAUUUAAAUUCUGAGAUAGAUAAUAAAUCUCAACAGUUGCAAGAAUUGGAAAAGAAUUUAAAUGAUUUUAAAUUAUAUGAGCUUGAAAUGUCUAAUAAGACUGAGAAAUUAAAUACUCUACUCAAAGCAUUACAAAAAACAGUCACAAAGCUAACAAAUGAAUUAUCAGGAUAUAAAUUGAGAGACGUAUCUGCGAUCCUGAAGUUGUUAGAAAGCGAUGCCCAAGAUAAGUCUAUAUCAAUAGUAGAUAAUAAAACAGAAACUAAUAAACACGAUUCCUCUGUUGUUGCAGAAUCAUUUAGUGAGAGUGACGAUAUGAGUGAAAAUGAUGUUAACUCGAUGAAUAAUAACUUGAAUUCAGAUAAAAUGGAUGUUGAUCAUGAGGAUAAAGAAAUAUCAAGAGGAAUACCUUCACUAUCAGAGGAAACUUUGGAAAAAUUAGAUGUUUCUCUGCAACAUCAAAAAAUUGAAGAAUUACAAACAUAUGUUGACACCACAAAUGUUAAUGUUGAAGUUCUUGAAGAGUAUGCAAGACGAACUUUGGAGUAUAAUAACAGAGAGAAAGAUUUAAAUGAGGCUAUUCAACGUAGAGAAGAUAUUUCAGUAAAGUUAGAAGAUUUAAAAAAGGAAAGAUUUGGUAAGUUCAUGGAAGGCUUUGGUAUUAUUUCAAUGACUUUGAAAGAAAUGUAUCAAAUGAUCACUAUGGGUGGUAAUGCUGAAUUAGAAUUGGUAGACAGUCUUGAUCCUUUUUCAGAAGGUGUCACUUUUAGUGUUAUGCCACCAAAAAAAAGUUGGAGAAAUAUUACAAAUCUUUCUGGUGGCGAGAAAACAUUAAGUUCGCUUGCAUUAGUGUUUGCAUUGCAUAAAUAUAAGCCAACGCCUUUAUAUGUUAUGGACGAAAUUGAUGCAGCAUUAGACUUCAGGAAUGUCUCAAUUGUCGCAAAUUAUAUUACCGAACGAACAAAAAAUGCCCAAUUUGUUGUUAUAUCGUUGAGGAAUAAUAUGUUUGAACUUGCUAAGAAUUUAGUUGGGAUAUAUAAAUAUGAAAAUAUGUCAAAAAGUGCUACCAUGAAAAAUAAUGGGGCACAUGCUAAUUAA